UUAAAUAAUUAUCUCCUAAACAUGCACCAUUCAGGAGAUAUUCUAGUGAGCAUCAAGGCACCCUUUCAAAAUGAUGGACAGUCCCGAGACACCCUUUAAAAUGAUGGACAGUCCCGAGGCACCCUUUAAAAUGAUGGACAGUCCCGAGGCACCCUUUCAAAUGAUGGACAGUCCCGAGGCACCCUUUAAAAUGAUGGACAGUCCCGAGGCACCCUUUAAAAUGAUAGACAGUCCCGAGGCACCCUUUAAAAUGAUGGACAGUCCCGAGGCACCCUUUCAAAUGAUGGACAGUCCCAAGGCACCCUUUAAAAUGAUGGACAGUCCCGAGGCACCCUUUCAAAUGAUGGACAGUCCCGAGGCACCCUUUCAAAUGAUGGACAGUCCCGAG